CGGAAAAGAUACGCACCCAGCCUCGGCUGCGUCUCUUCUCCAUCGAAAAAUGUGCAAGUGCGUGUUGUAUGCAUUUGCGAGGAACGCCCAACCGUCAGGUGGGAACAAGAAAAACGAAACGGACACCUCGGUGAUAAGCGUCGGCGGCUGGAGAAUGCCACUCGCCAGACCGAAACCGAGGCGCACGCUGCAAGGACGCCUGUUUGAGCACCAACACAUCGUCCAGAGUAUACGCAAGGAUCUACUGACCACGUACCAGUGCUAUCGCAACGGCAGCAGCCUGGAGGACCCGUCGGCCGUCAAGCUGAGCGUCUCGUGGAGCGGUCGGGGCCUUUCCGACCCCAACAAGGUCGAUUGCAUCGUCUCCUUCAGCUUGCCCGGCAGCGAAGGCAAAACGACGUUUCACGCAUCUGCGGAGUACGUGCCACAAAAAGACUACGCCAUACUAGCCGCAGGUGGAAAGAAUGUGAAUGUGUACCUCAUCGGGGCGCCGCACAACGGAAAGGCCUAUUUUUUCAAGCAUGUUGACACCUCGACCGGAGAUGAAAGCUUCAAGAUCUACGACACCAGCGCGACGUGCGAGAACGCACAUGCCUUGCGGAAAAUCGUCUGCCCCGAACCGUGCAGUCUGCAAAAUACUGCGCAAUAAAGCUUUUCCAUGCACUGACGGU